CGGUAGCAGCCGCUGCGACUCUUACCUGUGCUGCGGCUUCAGACCCCGGGUUUUGGCCUCUUUCUGACCCGGCUCCCGCUCCACUUCACUUUUGGUUUCGGGUGGAGCCCGUGUAGUGAUCUCCAUGGCAGCAGACUCCGGGGCGUUCACUAAUGAGGACUCUGAAUCUGGAGAGGAAGAAGGUAAACGUGUCAAACCUUUUACACCAGAGAAAGCGAAAGAAAUUAUAAUGUCUUUACAACAACCUGCAAUCUUCUGUAACAUGGUUUUUGAUUGGCCAGCCCAACACUGGACUGCAAAACAUCUUUCUGAGGUCCUUCAGGGCAAGCAGAUACGAUUCAGGAUGGGAACGAAACUCACAGAUACAGCUCCUCAGUUUGAAACCACAUGUAGUUACGUAGAAGCUACACUUGAAGAGUUUCUAACCUGGAACUGUGACCGAUCUAGUAUUUCUGGACCAUUUAGAGACUAUGAUCAUUCCAAAUUCUGGGCUUAUGCUGACUAUAAAUAUUUUGUCAGUUUAUUUGAAGACAAGACAGAUAUUUUCCAGGAUGUGAUGUGGUCUGACUUUGGGUUUUCUGGAAGAAAUGGACAGGAAAGUACAUUGUGGAUCGGCUCCAUGGGGGCCCAUACACCCUGUCAUCUGGACACCUAUGGUUGCAACCUAGUAUUCCAGGUACAAGGAAGGAAAAGAUGGCAUCUCUUUCCUCCUGAAGAUACUCCUUUCCUUUAUCCAACUAGAAUCCCUUAUGAGGAAUCUAGCGUGUUCAGUAAAAUCAAUGUUGUCAAUCCUGAUUUAAAACGUUUUCCUCAAUUUUGGAAGGCUCGAAGACAUAUGGUUACCCUGAGCCCCGGACAGGUUCUGUUUGUCCCCAGACACUGGUGGCAUUAUGUGGAAUCCAUUGAUCCUGUCACUGUCAGUAUAAACUCAUGGAUUGAGCUGGAGGAGGACCACCAAGCCCGGGUAGAAGAGGCAAUCACCCGCAUGCUUGUAUGUGCCCUGAAAACUGCAGAGAAUCCACAUGAUACGAGAGCUUGGUUAAACCCAACUGAGGUUGAGGAAACAUCCCAUGAAGUCAAUUGUCGCUACUUAAAUGGAGCCGUUUCUGCUUUUUUUGAUCAUUAUGGAACAUCUAAGGUAGUAGAAACCCAAGCGCUGAGCACAGACGGAGAGUACGUGAUAAAGGAAGAAUUAAAUGUGCACAACCACGUGGAGGUAGCACAAACUAGUAGCCACAGCUUAACCUUGGGAACAGUAAAACAGGAGGCAGCAAGUCCCUUUGGUCCUGAUCUGGUUCCUGUGAUACCAGGUUCCCAAGAACCACCCUCAGAAAGAGGAGGCAUGUUUGAAAGUGAUGGUGAAGACUUUGUUGGCAAAAAUGGAAAACGCUUUGGAAAAUUGCAUUGUACCAAGAGACAACGAAUGAUGAGUGAAAGUGAGAAUGCAGUUGUGGAACAAAUGGCUUCAAAUAGUACUGUGGCCCCUUCCCAAACAUUCAUUUCUACAGAUGACUUGCUGGAUUGCUUGGUGAAUCCACAGGUAACCAGGAUAGUGGCACAACUUUUGAUUCAAGGAAGAAGUUUGCGACUCUAAUAGAAAAUAACUUUUUCAGUAAUACUUUAAGAAUAUUUUUAAAAUAAUAUAGUUUUAAAAUAAAAGAUGAAAUGGCAAAAGGGCAA